AUGAUAAAAAAACCAUGGCGUGAUCAAUAUUUAUUAGAUUUAGCUAAACAUAAACAAACAUAUGCUGAUAGAGAUUAUCGUAUUGUACAUUAUCCAUUAUCUAUGCCAACAAAUAAAGGACAAGCAAUGAUUCAAGCAAUAGAAAAUGAAUUAAAACAAAUUAAUAAACAGAUUAAAAUAAGAUUAGUACCACAUAAUGAAGCAAAUAUAAUUGAUUUUUUUGCUGAACCUGGAAAUUUAGCUGCAACAAAUCUCGGAACAAAUGAAAUUUUUUGUCAAUUAGGUAAAUUUUCAAUUGUAACAAAAGAAGAUGAACCAUAUCAAAAUUUCUAUCAACCAAAAACAUGCGGUCAAUUUCAACAUAUAUUGAUAUCAUCAACUAAUUGUGCAAAAUCAACAAUUUUAUUUGAAAUCGAUGUAAAAAAACGUUUAACUGAUGAAUGUAAAGAAGAAAAUAAUUUUAUUUCAGUUAUACGAUAUAGUUUAAAACAAUAUUCGAAAGAACCAAUGGUACUUGAAGGAAUAUUUCGUAUUGAAAAAGAACGCAUCUGUAACAAACACCGACAAGCUAAACGAAGAGAACGUCUUACAAAUUUAUUUGUUUCUAAUGAUCUUAGUUUUAAUGAUCCAUCUAUUAUGUGCUUAGAAAAUUUUGAUGUUUCUGAAUACGAAGAAAAUAUAGAUCAUGAUACAUUUAAUUAUUUAUCUGAUAUGUGUAUUCAAGAUAUUAUUCCACCAGAUGAUGAAGACAAUAAUAAUAAUAUUGAUACAAAUAAUAUCGAUAAUGAUUUUUAUUUAAUAGAUAUAGGUAAUGAUACUAUAGAUAAUGAAUUUGAAGAUUUUAAUGAUGAUAAUAAUUGGGAAAAUAAUCAAAGUGAUGAUGUAAUUAUUGAUCCAAUAUUUGAAUCAGUUAAUAACGAAACAGAAAUAGAAUUAGAAAUUGGGAAAUAUAUCUGUCAAUCUAAUUUGGACAAAAUAAAUACCAAUCGUUUACUUAAUCUGUUAAAUCAGGUGCAUGAUCGACAAACAUCACCACCGUUAUCAAUUAUUUCAUUGUGGAACAAAUUAAACUAUAAAUUAAAACAACAUGGUAACGAAGAUGAUAUUGUUCGAGGAGAACUUUACAAGAAACAAUCUGGUAAAAGUUCAAAUCCGAUUACAUUAUUAUUAUCUAGUGACGGGAAGCCCACAAUAAAAUCCAGUAGUUGUUCGAUCUGGCCGGUGCUAGCCAGUAUCAUUGAAAUACCUCGACCAUAUCGUGAUAAUAAACAAAAUAUGAUAUUGUUAUGCUUAUGGCAUUCUCCUCGUUCACCAUCGGCUGAACAAUUACUUGGACAUAUUACAACAGAUCUUUCUCGUUUAAUUACUACUGGUAUUGAUAUUGAAAUUAAUAGUUUAGGUUUUAUCCAUUUUGAUGUUUUUGUUCAAGGUGUUUGUGCUGAUGCACCUGGUCAGUCAAAAAUUACGCAAAUGGUAGCACAUAAUGGUUAUUAUGGGUGCCGAGUUUGUGAAUAUGAAGGAAGUUAUAGUGCUGUUGAUAACACUUGCAUAUAUUCAUGGUCUUCAUUUGAACGUAUACAUCCAUCAUUUAGAACUCGGGACCGAUUUGAAUUGUGUUUACAAGAAGUUGAACAUCUAAAAACUAUGCAUAAAAAGAAUAUUAAUGUUCGUGGCAUAAAAGGCAUAUCUCCAUUGAAUCAUCUGAUUUUUAUACCAACGCAAGCAAUCUAUGAUUAUUUUCAUUUAUGUUUAGAAGGUCACACGAUAGUUUUACUUAAAGAAUGGAAUGAUAUGCAUUAUGGUUCAAGUGUCCAAACACGUGAAAUAAUUGAUAAAUUCGAUGAAUUUUUAUCGAGUAUUAAUUAUCCACAUUCUAUUAACCGUCGAGUUCGAAAUCUUAGAUCAUUUAAUGAUUGGAAAGCCGCUCAACUCCGUAUAUUUCUUCUUUAUUUGGCAUUACCAUUCUUAUUAUUUUUUCGUGAUUAUUUUCCUCCUUUACUUGUUUAUCAUUUUUCUUUAUAUUCCAUUUAUAUACGUACGUUAUGUAAAUUUAAUGAACAAAAACAUGUGUAUGAUGUACGUCCAUUCAUCGAGAUUCAUCUUCGUCGGUUUACUGAGUUUUAUAAAAACUCGAAAGAACUUCUAUCUACACAUUGUAACACCCAUUUAUGGCAACAGGUAAUUCGGCACGGCUCUUUAAGUGCAACAAGUAUGUUUGGUUCAGAAUCAUGUUUACAUGGGUUAUAUAAAUUGGCUCAUGGGACCAAACAUAUAGGACAACAAAUUGCUUAUUGGUACACAGUUCAUCGUGCUAUUCAUUCUAUGUCAAUUGAAAAACAACUUGAUAUUAGCGAUCAUGGAAAUUUUAUGGAUGGUUAUAUUGAUGAACUUAUUAUUAAAAAAUAUAAACAACAAUUUGAUCAUGCAUUUUUUCUUAAGUUUUCUUGUUUAUCGGAUGAAUCAGUUGUUUUUCGUUCUCGAUAUAAAAUAGGAUUAAUUGUGGAUCAACAUUUAUCCAUGUGGUCUGAACGUGUUAAUAGUUUCUAUUUUCUUGUUGAUAAAGAUAUUGAUAAUUUCUUCAUUUUUCCUUGUACAGCACUUCGUUCAAAAUGCUUUUUCUUUCCUUUCCGUGAUGAUCGUUUUGUUGUUUGUACACCUAUUGAUAAUGAACUUGAACAUGAUUGA